UUUUAUUUGAUACCAUUGACCAGUCGCCGUAUAAUUUAUAUUAUAAUAACGAAUGUCACGAUAAAAUAUCAUUAAAGUCACGCACAUCUACUUGUCGUCAAUCACCGUAAGCUUCUCGGACCGCUACGUCGGACAUAUUCGUUCACGAUGGCAGGAUUAAAAGCUUUGAUGAGCUUAGCUUUUGCUGGAUCUAUUGGUAUGACAUUAGUCAUAUUAGCAUGUGCGUUGCCAGAUUUAAAUUCUUGGUGGCCAUUCAUAGUAGUGAUAUUUUAUUUGUUGGCACCAUUACCGACUAUGUUGAUGAAACGGUUCAAUGAUUACUCAGGAUCCGGCAAUGCCAAUAUGGAUUUAGCUGUAUUUAUUACAAUGGGUAUAGUAGUGUCUUCAUUUGCAUUACCUAUAAUAAUGGCCAGAGUUAAUGCUAUUGCAUGGACAGCCUGUAAUUUUACAUUGUGUGGAAACAUAGUUGUGUAUUUAACGUUUAUAGGAUUUUUCUUAACCUUAUACCAAGAAGACACUGAUUAUAGUUUAUGAUAAAAUACAACUUGCUAGAUGGAACAAAGGAUUUAUUAUUACUCUAUAGUAUAUUAUAGAAACAGCUUUUAUUUUAAUUUUAAACUAAAUUCACUUAAGUUUAAAGUACUUUUAAACCAAACUAUUCAUUAUUAUGAUUAUUUAAAUUUAAGAUUGUACUGAGAUAAGUAA